AUGGCUAAUUCUGGACGUCACACUAAUGGUUCACAGUUUUUCAUCACACUAGCACCAGCUGAAUGGAUGGAUAACCGUUACGUAGCAUUUGGGUGUGUAAUUGAAGGAAGUUUAACUCUGGAUAAAAUGGAAGACGUCCCAACUCAAUACGAACGUCCAUUGAAAGAUAUAUGUAUCGAAAAUAUUAGCAUUGUAAAUCCCGACGACUUAAAAACUACAAUUUUCUAA